UUCAUAUACCGUCACUGCACGGAAGUUCGGCGACAAGUGUCAGGAUUGUCAGGCAGCGCUGCUCAGUGAAUUUGUCAGCUAGUCGAUCUAGCAGCCGCGAUGUUGCGGCUCAAUAAUUAUUUUUGCCAAACGAUUAUUUGCAAUAUCUGAGCUAAAAAGUUUAAAAUGUAGUGUUUUCGCAAUGGAAGUAAGGAAGAUCAAUGAUAUAAAAAGACAUUAUGAUAUGAUAAUCUAACAUAGCAAGUAUAUGAUGAAGUUUUUAUUAGCUUUAAGCCAAAUAACAACUCAGUUCAAGUUAAUUAUCAAUAUAAAGGUAAAGAGUAAAGAUGUUACAUGGAAAAAAUUGUAAUAAGAAAAUUUUCUAUAGCAGUAUAAUUUACAAUCAUGAAUGUACUAAAAUCAAACAUGAAAAUUAAUUAAACAAUAAUGUGAUAUUAAAGGAUGGAGUGGUAGUGUGUAAAUAAUAAAACGAAAGCUUUAAUAAAACUUAAGAAGUUUUUUAUCUGCAGUACAUUGGAUUAACAAAAAUUUUAUUGAAAAGAGCUGAUGACGACAAGAAUCACAAGAAAUGCAUCAAAACAGGCAUCAACAUCAGUCAAUAUCAACUCAAAAUCACAUUCAUUCUUUAGAUUUACUGAAGUGGAAUUUGAUCAACCAAUUAAUUAUAGUUUGCUUUAUGCUGAAGAGAAUUCAGUUAUUGAAGAAGUUGAUUACUUUGAUUAUUUUUCAAUAAAUAGCGAACAAGAAAAUACUCUCAUAACAUACUAUACCGAAGGAACUCCAUUCCAAACCCCUUUACAAUUUUCUACUUCUACAUCUACUUCAGAUUUAUUAAAACUUGAUGACAUUAGAAUAGAUGAUACUAUUGAGGAAGAAUUGAGAGAAUUUACUGCUGCAGAUGAAAAAUUAGAAUUAGUAAAAGAGAAAACAAAAGAAAUAAACCACUUUCAGAGCUUCAUGGAAUUAGAAAACAAAGAAAAGGAGUGUGAAAACACUGACAUAGAAAUUUAUUUACCAAAUGAAAUAGAUUUUGAUGAAAAAUGUGAUGAAGAGAGAUUAGAAAGAGUUAUUAAUGUAACUCCGACGCACUCUCCAAUAGAAUUAAGCAGUAAAGAACAAGAAGAAAAAAUGAUGACAUUUGGAAAUCAAGAUAAAUAUUCACAACUAACUCCACUAAUGUUUUCGAGAUGUAGUUCUUUAGGUUCUUUAAGUGGCUAUGAGCAGCAGUCUUUGCAAGACGAUCAAAGUUCUAUAGUUAGUGAUUUUAGCAGAAGAACCAGUGAAGUUGUUUCUCCAAGUGACCUUCCGGACUCACCUGCCCAGUUAAUUUUUUCUGGUUCAGGAUUGCAGAAAGAUAAAAAAUUAUUGAAGAAAAAAAUAUAUUUCCAGCGAGAAAAAACUCAUUCUUUAGAAUCUUGUCCUACAAUACAAGAUUCAUUAAAGCAAAGUAUUUUUGAAGAUAAUUUGGCAGUUUUUAAAGAAGAGUCUACACCUAUAAAAUUUCAAUCUGUUACAGCAAGUAGUCUCAGUUCUUUAACAAUAGAUGAUGAUGAUGAUGUUGAGGAACAGGGUCAUAAAGCAGAAACUGAAAUUAAUGUAUCAAAUUCAAAGAGCUUAGAAAAUCAAAAGUCUGAGUGUAUAAAUAUGAGAAUGCAUGGAAAAGUCAGUGAUUGUGAUGGAGCAUUCAAUCAAUCUACUUAUUUUUCUGUAAAUGAGGAACAAAUUCUUGAUGAAUAUAUUAAGAAAGGAAUUGCAAAAAUAACUGGACAAGAUAUUAAUGACGUAUCAUCAUUGCAAACAAAUAAUUCUAACGAAUCUAAUGAAUCUAAUGUAGAAAAACUUGGUGACAAUGCUUGUAGACCUCAUUCUUCAUCAGAAUUUUUAGAUGAAAAUUCAGAUCUAACUGCAGAAGAAGAGAAGCUUUUGAAUGAGUGCAUACGAAGAGGUAUAGCAAAGGUCACUCGCCAAAAAAUAGAUGAUGUAACUUCAUUAAGCUUAUGCACAAAUUUUUCUGGCUUAUCAACUGAAAAUUCUAAUAAAACUACUUUGAACAAACAGUAAUUAAAUAUGAAAGCAAAGACAGUUUGCCAAAAAAUACAGUGUGAAGCAAAACAUUUUAUGCGUGCCAAGAACAUAUUUUCUAGUCGAAAAAUGAGACUGUACUAUAUUUCUAGUCAAUUUAUUUAAUAUGAAUUUAAUGUAUAACUUCUGUAGAAUAAGAAACACUGUUUUUUUAUUUAUUGAUGAAAUAAAAUAUUUACAUUUAUAUUUCAUCAAAAUCGAUUUAUAUUUUUUGUUAAUUUGAAAUGAGUUUUGAGCAAAUCGUAAAAUUUUAAGUUUAUCCACUUACCAA